CCGGCCGUCUCCGUCCGCGCCACGCCACGCGACGCGACGCCCCGUGACGCGCUGCCCCACUCGCUCCACUCUUGCGUCUCCCCCUUCCCGCAACCUUCCAAGCCCAAAAACCCGGCGCCGGCGUGGGCGUGCACUCAACCGGAACCGCCCACCGCACGCGGCUCACCCAACUCCGCCAGGCCAAGCCAUCGGCGGCGUGAACUCCUCCUCCCAGAAAUCGCGGGGGUGCCGCCGGCGUCCACGCGAUCGGGGGCCGGAGAUGGCGGCUGCUGCUGCUGCUGCAGCGGCGGAAGUGGGGAAGCGGGUGCUCGACACGGGCUGGCUCGCCGCGCGCUCCACCGAGGUGGCCCUCACCGGCGAGCAGCUCACCACCACCGACCCUCCCGCCGCCGACCCCGAGCCGGCGACCCCAUGGAUGCACGCCGCCGUCCCCGGCACUGUGCUGGGGACGCUGCUGAAGAACAAGCUGAUCCCUGACCCCUUCUACGGGCUUAACAACGAGUCGAUCAUCGACAUCGCCAAAUCCGGCAGGGGGCACUACACCUUCUGGUUUUUCACCACCUUCCAGUGUGCUCCGGCAGGACACCAGCAUGUGAGUUUAAACUUUCGUGGAAUAAACUAUUCAGCAGAAGUGUAUUUAAAUGGGCACAAAGAAGUACUUCCAAAAGGGAUGUUCCGAAGGCAUACCCUUGAUAUUACUGAUGUUCUUCAUCCUGAUGGUAAAAAUCUGCUUGCUGUUCUUGUUCAUCCUCCUGAUCAUCCUGGUGCGAUUCCUCCUCAGGGAGGUCAGGGUGGUGAUCAUGAGAUUGGGAAGGAUGUUGCUACACAGUAUGUUGAAGGAUGGGACUGGAUAUGUCCAAUAAGGGAUCGGAACACGGGUAUCUGGGAUGAAGUAUCAAUAUCCGUUACUGGGCCUGUGAGCAUAACAGAUCCUCACCUGGUUUCAACUUUUCAUGAUGAUUUUAAGAGGUCAUAUCUUCACUGUACACUUCAGUUGGAGAACAAAAGUUCAUGGCUUUCAGAUUGUACAUUGAAAAUUCAAGUUUCAACUGAACUCGAGGAGAACAUUUGCUUGGUGGAACAUCUUCAGAGUUAUGAGAUAUCAGUUCCUCCCAACUCAGUUCUAGAAUACACGAUCCCUCCUCUGUUCUUCUACAAGCCAAACCUGUGGUGGCCAAAUGGCAUGGGAAAGCAAUCCUUAUACAAUGUUGAGAUUGGUGUUGAUGUCAAUGGAUUUGGUGAAUCCGACUCAUGGAAUCAUUAUUUUGGAUUCCGUAAGAUUGAGAGUACUAUUGAUGAUUCUACUGGUGGGAGGAUCUUCAUGGUAAACGGCGAACCUGUUUUCAUCCGAGGAGGGAACUGGAUAUUGUCAGAUGGCCUUCUUCGAUUAACAAGGAAGCGAUAUAUGACUGACAUCAAGUUUCAUGCUGAUAUGAACUUCAAUAUGCUUCGCUGUUGGGGUGGUGGAUUAGCUGAAAGACCUGAUUUUUAUCAUUUUUGUGAUAUCUAUGGUUUGAUGGUUUGGCAGGAAUUCUGGAUAACUGGAGAUGUUGAUGGACGGGGAAUUCCAAUAUCAAAUCCAAACGGUCCUUUGGACCAUGAUCUCUUCCUUCUAUGUGCUAGAGAUACUGUCAAAUUACUUAGGAAUCAUGCUAGCCUAGCUCUGUGGGUUGGUGGCAAUGAGCAAGUCCCACCAGUUGACAUUAACAAAACACUGAAGAAUGAUCUGAAACUACAUCCUAUGUUUGUAAGUAACCAUACAACAAAAAUUCCAGGAAAGUAUAUAUCACAAGACCCAACUGACCCAAGUAAAUACCUUGAUGGCACUCGGGUCUAUGUUCAAGGAUCAAUGUGGGAUGGUUUUGCCAAUGGGAAAGGCGACUUUACUGAUGGCCCAUAUGAGAUUCAAUAUCCAGACAGUUUUUUCAAGAACAGUUUCUAUAAAUAUGGGUUUAAUCCCGAAGUUGGGUCUGUGGGGGUUCCAGUUGCUGCAACAAUUAGAGCAACAAUGCCCACAGAAGGUUGGAGCAUUCCAAUUUUUAAGAAGAGGAUCGAUGGGUACAUAAAUGAAGUACCAAAUCCAAUAUGGGAUUACCACAAGUACAUCCCCUACUCAAAACCAGGGAGGGUCCAUGAUCAGAUUGAACUGUAUGGCCAUCCAAGUGAUCUUGAUGAUUUCUGUGAGAAAGCACAAUUGGUCAAUUAUGUUCAGUACCGAGCACUUCUAGAAGGAUGGACUUCUUUCAUGUGGACAAAGUUUACAGGUGUUCUAAUUUGGAAGACACAGAAUCCAUGGACUGGGCUACGAGGACAAUUCUAUGAUCAUCUCCAAGACCAAACAGCUGGGUUUUAUGGUUGCCGUUGUGCUGCUGAACCAAUUCAUGUACAACUGAAUUUGGAUAGUUACUUCAUAGAGGUGGUAAACACUACAGCCGAUGAACUCCCGGAAGUGGCUGUUGAAAUAUCAGUAUGGGAUCUGGAUGGCACAUCCCCAUAUUACAGUGUUACUGAGAAAAUAGUGGUGCCUCCCAAAAAAGUGAAGCAAAUUGUGGAGAUGGCAUAUCCUAAGACGAAGAACCCAAAGCCUGUCUAUUUUCUACUUCUCAAACUUUUUAAGCUGUCAGACAACUCGGUACUCUCCAGGAACUUCUACUGGCUACAUCUUCCUGGGAAAGACUACAAGUUGUUGGAACAAUAUCGGCAGAAACAGAUACCACUGAAGAUUGACUCGAAGAUUUCCAUCACAGGCUCCGAGUACACGGUUAGAAUGUCCAUAGAGAACAUGUCAAAGAAGCCAGAAAACGCGAACUCAGUAUCAACCAUGAAAUCAGCCGAUGCAAAUGGUUCCAGCAGAACCGGAGAAGAAAUCACCCAUGAUGGACAUGGCAGUGGUCUGUGGGGGAAAUUACGCAGAGGCCUCAGGAUCACAGGGUCAGAUGACAACCCAAGGACAGUGGAGGUGAAAGGAGCUGAUGCCGGCGUCGCGUUUUUCCUCCAUUUCUCGGUGCACACAUCUGAAGCAUCAUCCAGCCAAGAUAUGUACAAGGACACAAGAAUCCUCCCUGUCCACUACUCCGACAACUACUUCUCCCUCGUACCUGGGGAGAAGAUGGCCAUCGACAUCUCGUUCGAGGCCCCCCAGGGAUCCACUCCGAGGGUCAUUCUGAAAGGCUGGAACUAUCAUCUGGGCCAUGCAGUGACGAUGCAAGGAGUACUUUAACAAGCCUGUCAAAAUGUGGACAUGUCGGGAGCAGGACAAGAUCCCAGAAACCAAGUGGUACAGCUCCCUCCAAUAAAGUGCAGGCAUAGUAUAGACUUCAAAUGGUGACAUUGCAUGAGCAGUGGUUGUGAAUUAUUGUGGUAGCCAUCACCGCAUCAGGACGAUCUCAGAGACCCUCGGGCUCCUGCGUGUCGACGGUGUCGGCGCCAACCAACAGCUUAGGUAGCGUUUGGGCCAGAACCAAAUUAAUAGAGGGUCACCGUAGUACGGCCCAUUGGCCCUUGCAUCCAGAUGGAGCGACACAAAUGGUGCUUGCAUGUGUAUUUUGAUCUACUUUUCUGCUGCCUUCCGUUUACCUUGAAUCUGGACAGGAGAGUCAUAUCGUCCCCGCUGCUCAGAUACUUCUUCCAUUUGACGUUGUAAGAUGUAAAUUGAGAAAAUUAAUUUAUGACUCUAUCUUUUAGAAAAUUUCUCCUUAUUAAAUGCCAUAUGUUUUUUCUACAUUAAGAUAUUACGGU